UCGAGAAGUUGCGGGAUGUGUGGCCUUGGCGGCAGGCCGAAACAACUUCCUGACAAAUGGCAGCAUGACCUUUUCGAUAGCGGUUUUGGGGGUGGUGCCGGCGUGGAGACAGGUGGGAAACUGCUGGUGUCAAAUCUGGAUUUUGGAGUGUCCGACGCUGAUAUUCAGGAGCUCUUUGCUGAAUUUGGAACUCUGAAGAAGGCGGCUGUGCACUACGACCGAUCUGGCCGCAGUUUAGGAACAGCUGACGUGCACUUUGAGCGGAAGGCAGAUGCACUAAAAGCUAUGAAACAGUACAACGGCGUCCCUUUGGAUGGCCGCCCCAUGAACAUUCAGCUCGUCACCUCACAGAUUGACACGCAGCGGAGACCUGCACAGAGUGUAAACAGAGGUGGGAUGACUAGAAACCGUGGUUCAGGAGGUUUUGGUGGCGGCGGUGGCACCCGGAGAGGCACCCGUGGAGGCAGCCGGGGCAGAGGCAGAGGCACCGGCAGGAGUUCAAAGCAGCAGCUUUCCGCAGAAGAAUUAGAUGCCCAGCUGGAUGCUUACAAUGCAAGAAUGGACACCAGUUAAACAGACCGGCAAAUCAGUGCAUGGACCAGGACCCAGAAGUCUCGUCCGUGCUCCCUGGAGGGAGGGGGUGACAGACUGGGGCUGUGUGGCCAAUGAUGGAUUUGUUUCUUUUAUGUUUUAAAAUAGGAUUUAAAAUUCAUGUAAAGGUUUCUUUUUCCUUUUUUUUUUUUUUUUUAAAUUCUGAAACAGACCUGUUUUGUACUGAGUUAUUUUUGGGAUAAAUUUUACUGGUUGUUGUUGUGGAGAAGGUGGCGUUUUCACCUUUGCCAUAAUAAAAUAGAAACGUGUGUAGAGCU